ACAGAAGCUAGUAGCUGUAGAGCGCCCUAAUAUUAAGGGAAUAUAAACGAGAGGCGCGGCACACCGGCGGAAAAGAUUAAAAACAAAUCUUAAAAAACACAAGGACUACCGCUUCACUGGAAUAACCUGGAGAGCGCAUUAUUUAUCCCGGAGACGGGGAGAAACGCCUGAAGCAGAGCGUUCAUCCACACGCUUCUUGUAGACGCACAUAAAACCCGGUUCAAAAUGUCUGCCCCAGCCGGAGCCCCUGCCCCAGAAGGAGGAAACCAAGCUCCUCCAAACCUCACCAGCAAUCGUCGCUUACAGCAGACACAGGCUCAGGUGGAUGAGGUCGUGGAUAUUAUGCGUGUAAACGUAGACAAGGUUCUGGAAAGGGACCAGAAGCUAUCAGAACUGGAUGAUCGGGCUGAUGCCCUGCAGGCUGGAGCCUCACAGUUCGAGACCAGCGCCGCCAAGCUCAAGAAUAAAUACUGGUGGAAGAAUGCCAAGAUGAUGAUUAUCCUGGGGGUGAUAUGCGUGAUUGUCCUCAUUAUAAUCAUUGUGUACUUCAGCACCUAAAGCGCAACAUUCCUACCCCACUCUGAGCUCACGAACGCCCAAUUCCAAGCCACAGAGAAAUCCUUCCCCGAAAAAAAAAGAUGGGAGCAACGACUUCUCACAAGAAUCGAUUUAUUUGCCCUCAAAGAGUAUAAAUCCGCCCCUAUCCUGAGCCCCCCUGUGCCCUGCCUCGACUGCCUCCCAGCUGGGCCCCUGUCACUCCUCGUUCGUCCUGUCCGUGAGUGUGUGGCCAUGUCUCCUCUGUAAAUACCUCCGGCUUUUCUGAAAUACUGUUCAUACUCCAAACCUCUGAUUACUUGUGACAACGAUGACCAAUUUAAAAAAAAAAA